AUGGGUUCGGUAGAAACAGCUAUGAAGAAUACCGCUCUCUACCUAGACGCGAAAGCCACCCUCUCCGUCCUCCCCGACGCCGAAGUCUAUACUCCCACAGGCGCUCAAUCACUCAUCCGCGUCAAGUACUCUGCUAUCAACCCCGCCGACAUCAGGCACCACUACAUGGGCAUGUCGUCGCACGUACCAGGCUACGAAUGGCUCGGCACCGUCGUCUCCGUCGGCCCUUCCUCGCCCUACAAGCCCGGCCAAAACCUCUUCGGCCUGGCCACACCCGGUAACAAGCGACCCUUGCACGCCGGCGCACACCAGGACUUCCUGCUCGCAGAGAAGAACUGGACGCUUGCUGCUGCUGCUGGCACAAGCAUCGACGCCUUGUUCAAUUGCAUGGGCUAUGCCUUCGCACCUGCCGGUCUGGAAGGUGAAGACCCUACUGGCGUGCCGUUGCUAGUCUGGGGUGGAAGCAGUGCGCUUGGUCAAUCCGGGAUCCAGUUGGCAAAGGCUGCUGGGUUCAGUCCGAUCAUCACGACCGCGAGCGCGAGGAACCACGCUCUACUCAAAGAGCUUGGUGCUGACUAUUGCUUUGACUAUAACUCGCCGACAGUGGUUGAGGAUGUGCGCAAAGCUGUUGCGGCGACGGGCAAAGAGCUGACUUCCGUCUGGGACACGAUCGGCGGCGGCACUGGCUUCGGCGAAGACAUGACGCGUGAAGAAAUCGACGCGCUAGAUUUCGAAAAGAGCACACCGGCAAUGGCGAAGCGCUGCUGCUCCGACAAGUUGCCCCUCAAGCUCGUAAAUGCGCUGUUCGUGGAGAAAGACCCGGGCGCAUGGCUGUUUCCUAAUCCCUAUCAGCUCCAAACGGGCGAGCAGCUGCCUGGGCCGGAGUACCUCAAGAAUGUGGAAGCACUGUUCGGGAACCCGGACUUCGAGCGUGGGGAUCGUCUGGAUGUUGUUCGUCGGUGGAUUUUGAAAGACGGGGCAAAGAAUUGGAAGCCGAUCAAGACUAAGGUUGUUCGGGGCAUGGAUGCGGCGAUGGAGGCGAUCAAGGCGGUGUAUCGUGGUGAGGCUGGUGGGCUGAAGGUGGUGAUUGAGCAUCCGUUCGCGGAUGCGUGA